AUGGGAGGACACAGACGUGACCAAAGUGAUUCACAUAUGCCCCUUAGGCAGUAUAAUGAUCUACAUCGGUGUGCAUCAAGUGAUUCACAUGAAUUACGUGUACGCGUUGAUUCAACACACAGUAUUCUUGAACCACGACUAUCAAAUGGUGUUAUCAUAUCACUUACUGGUAAUGCUGAUUCGUGUACUCUUUCUAAUGAACAGUGCUCUCAACAGCCUAUUAUAACGUUAUGGCGGCGAGAAGUGAUCAAAACCGUGGUAGCAUUCUUCUGUAUGAUGUUAUCGGCGUUUUUAAAUUUUUUCCUUCUGACUGUGAUUCACGAUAUAGUACCCCGACAACCUCUGCCAGAUCUCGUCUUCAUGCUCAUACCACAACAGCGGUGGGCAUGGGCUGUCGGUGAUGUACUAUCCACUGUUAGUUCAGUGGUAGGUUUUAUAUGUGUAUUUAUGCAUAAAGAAAGGAUUAUCGUACUACGACGUGUACUUCUUCUUGGUGCAAUUAUGUACGGUUUAAGAGCCGUUGUACUAGGUGUCACAUUUUUACCACCAUCUUUUCAUAAUCGUGAUGAAAUCUGCCAACCUCAAGUCAAUCGAACGGCUAUGUAUGCUAUGGAGGUGGCUACUAGAUUUUUCACUUAUGUGGUUACGUUGGGUUUAACAUCUGGUCAAGAGAAGAUUCUUUGCGGUGAUCUCAUGUUUAGUGGUCAUACGGUCGUUCUUACAAUUAUGUAUUUCACUCAGCUACAGUACACUCCAAAAGGACUCGUUCUGUUACGAUAUAUUGCGACUCCGAUAACAUUUUUGGGUAUUGCCGCAUUGGUGGUGUCUGGUGGCCAUUAUACAAUGGACGUAUUGAUUGCGUAUUGGUUAACGAGCCAUGUCUUCUGGGGUUACCAUCAAAUGUUCGAUUUACCGAAAUCUCAACGAACAAGUGCGCCAAUGUCACGAUUGUGGUGGUUUUGGUUGUGUUACUGGUUCGAAAGCGAUGUUCCAGAUGGACCAUUAAAGAAUGAAUGGAACUGGCCAUUUGGUAGACCGAUAUUCAUGCGUAAUCUUAUCGCUUAUAUUAACGACAAAUUGCAGUAG